AUGGUUGUGCCAAAGAAUCGGAAGCCAUGGAAGUUGGUGGUAUUGGGGCUUGGUUGGUACAUGGAACACAUGUACAUGCUGCGGGUCUUCGUGCCACGUCGAUUUCAUGAAAAGCCGCCUGUGCAAACAAGAUUGGCUGCAGAUGGCAAGACCGGUGGGCGCAAGAAACUUGAGUUGCCUCCGCUGACAAGUCCUGCAAAUCCUGAAGAACACGUGUUCAUCCCCUUGGAUGACUAUGGCGUGAAGAUCCAGGGUUUGUUCCAGGGGCAGGAGUUCGUGUUCCUCCGCGGAGGUGUAGGGGUCGGCAAAACCACUUUGGGGUACCACUUGGGACGGGAAUAUCCGAAGACAUUUAUCAGUGUUCUUUUUGGCGAUGGCGGGUACGAUUCUUGGCGCAAGAACAUCGUUGAAGGAAUUAAGCUUUCAACCGGGAAGGAGGUGAAUGAGAGUGGCACGCAGCUUGAGGACGCACUGCGGCUGGCAAAAGCUGACAAUCUGACAUUGGUAUUGGAUGAAGCGCACACAAUCUUCAGCUUGCCACGCAUUAGAACAUUGCUCUUCAAGAGCUCAAUCCACCCCAAAGUGCUCCUUCUCUCAGCCUCCGGCGAAGGAAAUGCAAGUAGUCCUACCACACCCACUGAGAUCAGCCAAAAAAUGUUUUGGACUCCUCCUGUCCCCGGCGUUGGUGAGGACAGAGGCGGGUGUGUGCUUGGACAAGGAUAG